AUGACUGCGUGGAGGAAAUUCGAGGCUUUGCUGGUUUUCUGCGCGGGGAUCCUCGCUGCGGCUCAGGGUCAAAACUGUGGAGGUUUAGUACAGGGACCGAACGGUACUAUAGAAAGCCCUGGAUUUCCUCAUGGUUAUCCAAAUUAUGCCAACUGUACAUGGAUCAUUAUCACAGGAGAACGAAACAGGAUACAAUUGUCAUUUCAUACUUUCGCCCUCGAGGAAGAUUUUGAUAUACUGUCAAUUUAUGAUGGACAGCCACAGCAAGGCAAUUUAAAAGUGAGGUUAUCUGGAUUUCAGCUUCCAUCAUCUAUAGUGAGCACAGGUUCUAUCCUUACCCUCUGUUUCACCACAGACUUUGCUGUCAGUGCUCAAGGUUUCAAAGCUAUCUAUGAAGUAUUACCUAGUCAUACAUGUGGCAACCCAGGAGAAAUACCUAAAGGAGUACUUCAUGGAACAAGAUUCAACAUUGGAGAUAAAAUCCGAUAUAGCUGUAUCUCUGGUUACAUUUUAGAAGGCCAUGCCAUGUUGACAUGCAUUGUGAGUCCUGGAAAUGGUGCAUCGUGGGAUUUUCCAGUUCCUUUUUGCAGAGCUGAAGGAGCAUGUGGAGGGACACUACGUGGGACAAGUGGAACUAUUUCAAGUCCUCACUUCCCUUCAGAGUAUGAAAAUAAUGCUGAUUGCACUUGGACCAUAUUGGCUGAACCAGGAGAUACAAUUGCUUUGAUCUUUACUGACUUCCAGUUGGAAGAAGGAUAUGACUUCUUAGAGAUCAGUGGAACAGAAGCACCUUCAAUAUGGUUGACUGGUAUGAAUCUACCUUCUCCUGUUAUUAGCAGUAAGAACUGGUUACGACUCCAUUUUACAUCUGACAGCAACCACCGACGAAAGGGAUUUAACGCUCAGUUUCAAGUGAAAAAAGCAAUUGAACUGAAAUCAAGAGGAGUCAAGAUGUUGCCCAGCAAAGACAGUAAUCACAAAAAUUCAGUCUUGACACAGGGUGGGGAUGCAGUUGCAUCUGAUACAUGUCCUGAUCCUGGAAUUCCUGAAAAUGGGAAAAGAGUGGGCUCUGACUUCAGGGUGGGUGCAAGUGUGCAGUUUUCCUGUGAAGAUAACUAUGUGCUGCAAGGUUCUAAGAGCAUCACUUGUCAGAGAGUGACAGAUACACUGGCUGCCUGGAGUGACCACAGGCCAAUUUGCCGAGCUAGAACAUGUGGUUCUAAUUUACGUGGACCAAGUGGAAUUAUUACAUCACCAAAUUAUCCAGUUCAAUAUGAAGAUAAUGCACACUGUGUAUGGGUCAUUACAACAAUAGAUCCAGAAAAGGUCAUAAAGCUUGCUUUUGAAGAGUUUGAACUGGAAAGAGGAUAUGAUACGCUCACUGUUGGAGAUGCUGGGAAAGUUGGUGAUACCAGGACAGUGUUGUAUGUACUCACUGGAUCUAGUGUUCCUGACCUUAUUGUAAGCAUGAGCAACCAGAUGUGGCUUCAUUUACAAUCUGAUGACAGCAUUGGCUCACCAGGAUUCAAAGCAGUUUAUCAAGAAAUUGAGAAAGGAGGCUGUGGUGACCCUGGGAUUCCAUCAUACGGGAAAAGGACCGGCAGUAGUUUUCUGCAUGGAGAUACACUUACCUUUGAAUGUCAAGCAGCUUUUGAACUGGUGGGAGAGAAAAUGAUUACAUGUCAACAAAACAACCAGUGGUCUGGCAACAAACCCAGCUGUGUUUUCUCAUGUUUCUUCAACUUCACCACACCAUCUGGAAUUAUUCUUUCACCAAAUUAUCCAGAGGAGUAUGGGAACAACAUGAACUGUGUAUGGCUGAUUAUCUCAGAGCCAGGAAGCAGAAUCCAUCUGAUUUUCAAUGACUUUGAUGUUGAACCUCAGUUUGACUACCUUACUGUGAAAGAUGAUGGGAUUUCAGAUUUACCGCCUCUUGGCACAUUUUCUGGCAAUGAAGUGCCUUCUCAACUAGCUAGCAGUGGGCAUAUAGUAAGACUUGAAUUUCAGUCAGAUCACUCUACAACUGGAAGAGGAUUUAAUAUCACUUACACAACAUUUGGUCAGAAUGAGUGCCAUGAUCCAGGUAUUCCUAUAAAUGGGAGACGUUUUGGAGACAGGUUCCUGCUUGGAAGUUCUGUUUCUUUCCACUGUGAUGAUGGCUUUGUGAAGACACAAGGCUCUGAAUCCAUAACAUGCAUUAUGCAAGAUGGAAAUGUAGUAUGGAGCUCGGCUGUCCCACGCUGUGAAGCACCAUGUGGUGGGCAUUUGACAGCAUCGAGUGGUGUGAUCUUGCCACCAGGGUGGCCAGGAUAUUAUAAGGAUUCACUUAACUGCGAAUGGGUCAUUGAAGCAAGACCAGGACAUUCCAUUAAGAUUACUUUUGACAGAUUUCAGACUGAAGUUAAUUAUGAUACUUUGGAAGUCAGAGAUGGACCAGCUAACUCAUCACCAUUAAUUGGAGAAUACCAUGGAACACAAGCACCCCAGUUCCUUAUCAGUACUGGCAAUUACAUGUAUCUGCUCUUCACUACAGAUAACAGUCGUUCCAGUGUUGGCUUCCUAAUUCACUAUGAGAGUGUUACUCUGGAAUCAGAUUCCUGCCUUGACCCAGGAAUUCCUGUGAAUGGCCAUCGCCAUGGAAACAACUUUAAUAUCCGUUCUACAGUAACUUUCAGCUGUGAUCCAGGAUAUACACUGAGUGAUGAAGAACCACUCAUAUGUGAAAGAAACCAUCAGUGGAAUCAUGCGUUACCCAGCUGUGAUGCAUUAUGUGGUGGAUAUAUUCACGGAAGAAGUGGAACCAUUCUUUCUCCAGGUUUUCCGGAUUUUUAUCCAAACUCUUUAAACUGCACUUGGACUAUUGAAGUGUCACAUGGCAAGGGUGUGCAGCUGUUAUUUCAUACUUUUCAUCUUGAGAGCUCUCAUGACUAUUUGCUCAUCACUGAAGAUGGCAGCUUCACAGAACCAGUAGCCAGGUUAACUGGCUCAGUCUUACCCCCUACUAUUAAAGCUGGCCUCUUUGGAAACUUUACUGCACAACUUCGAUUUAUAUCUGAUUUUUCAAUUUCUUAUGAAGGUUUCAACAUAACAUUUUCAGAAUAUGAUCUGGAGCCAUGUGAUGAUCCUGGUGUUCCUGCCUUCAGCAGGCGAAUUGGCUUUCAGUUUGGUGUUGGAGACUCCUUGAUCUUUUCUUGUUUCCCUGGAUAUCGCUUGGAAGGUGCUAAUAAACUUACCUGCCUGGGUGGUGGUCGGCGUGUAUGGAGUGCACCUCUGCCAAGGUGUGUGGCUGAAUGUGGAGCAACUGUCUCUGGAAAUGAAGGAACACUGUUGUCUCCUAAUUUUCCAUCUAACUAUGACAACAACCAUGAAUGUAUCUAUAAAAUUGAAACAGAGGCUGGAAAAGGGAUCCAUCUUAGAGCAAGGAGCUUUCAGCUGCGUGAGGGAGACACUGUUAAGGUGUAUGAUGGAAAAGACAGUUCUUCUCGUUCUCUGGGAGCCUUCACCAAGAAUGAAAUGAUGGGAGUUAUUCUUAACAGUACCUCUAACCACCUGUGGAUAGAAUUUAAUACCAAUGGAUCUGAUACUGACCAAGGAUUUCAGCUCACUUAUACAAGUUUUGACCUCGUCAAGUGUGAAGAUCCCGGGAUACCAAAUUAUGGCUACAAGAUCCGAGAUGAAGGACAUUUCAUAGACACUGUCAUUUUAUACAGCUGUAAUCCUGGCUAUACAAUGCACGGCAGUGGCAUUAUGACUUGCUUAAGCGGAGAUAGGAGAGUAUGGGACAAACCUCUACCUACUUGCAUAGCUGAGUGUGGUGGUCGAAUUCAUGCUGCUACAUCGGGGCGCAUUUUGUCCCCAGGUUACCCGGCACCAUAUGACAAUAAUCUUCAUUGCACCUGGAUAAUAGAAGCAGAUCCAGGAAAGACAAUAAGUCUGCAUUUUAUUGUUUUUGACACUGAAGUUGCUCAUGACAUCUUGAAGGUAUGGGAUGGGCCCAUUGAGAGCAGUAUAUUGCUUAAAGAAUGGAGCGGCUCAGCUCUUCCAGAGGAUAUUCACAGCACUUUCAACUCAUUGACAUUACAGUUUGACAGUGACUUCUUCAUCAGCAAAUCAGGCUUCUCCAUCCAGUUUUCAACUUCUAUAGCAUCAACCUGUAAUGAUCCUGGAACACCACAAAAUGGUACCAGAUAUGGAGACAGCAGAGAGCCUGGGGAUACUACUACCUUUCAAUGUGACCCUGGUUAUCAGCUUCAAGGACAAGCUAAAAUUACAUGUGUGCAACUGAAUAACCGAUUCUUCUGGCAACCUGAUCCACCUACAUGCGUAGCUGCAUGUGGAGGUAACCUGACAGGCCCAGCAGGAGUUAUUUUAUCACCUAACUAUCCACAGCCGUAUCCUCCUGGGAAAGAAUGUGAUUGGAGAAUAAAAGUAAACCCUGACUUUGUCAUUGCCUUGAUAUUCAAAAGUUUCAACAUGGAGCCCAGUUAUGAUUUUCUACAUAUUUAUGAAGGGGAAGAUUCCAACAGUCCUCUAAUUGGCAGUUUUCAAGGCUCACAGGCUCCUGAAAGAAUAGAGAGCAGUGGUAACAGUCUGUUUCUGGCUUUUCGCAGUGAUGCUUCUGUUGGAAUGUCAGGAUUUGCUAUUGAUUAUAAAGAAAAGCCACGGGAAGCUUGUUUUGAUCCUGGAAACAUCAUGAAUGGAACAAGAAUUGGAACAGACUUUAAGCUUGGUUCAACUAUUACUUACCAAUGUGACUCUGGAUAUAAAAUUAUUGAUCCUUCAACUAUUACAUGUGUAAUUGGUGCAGAUGGAAAGCCAGCAUGGAACAGAGCACUGCCAUCUUGUAAUGCACCAUGUGGAGGACAGUACACAGGAUCAGAAGGGGUGGUUCUAUCACCAAGUUAUCCUCAUAAUUAUACUGCCGGACAGACUUGCCAUUAUUCAAUAACAGUACCUAAAGAAUUUGUUGUGUUUGGACAAUUUGCCUAUUUCCAAACAGCUCUGAAUGAUGUGGCAGAAUUAUUUGAUGGAGAUAACUCUCAAGCUAGACUUCUUAGUUCACUGUCUGGAUCCCAUUCAGGAGAGACAUUGCCUUUGGCAACAUCUAAUCAAAUUCUUUUGCGAUUCAGUGCUAAGAGUGGGGCAUCAGCAAGGGGGUUCCAUUUUGUUUACCAAGCCGUUCCGCGCACGAGUGAUACACAGUGUAGCUCGGUUCCAGAGCCUAGGUAUGGAAGGAGAAUUGGCUCUGAAUUUUCAGCAGGUUCUGUUGUUCGUUUUGAAUGUAGUCCUGGAUAUUUGCUGCAAGGCUCAAAAGCUAUCCGAUGCCAUUCUGUACCUAAUGCCUUAGCUCAGUGGAAUGACACGGUACCAAGCUGUGUAGUGCCAUGUAGUGGGAAUUUUACUGAACGGAGAGGUACUAUUCUAUCACCAGGUUACCCUGAACCCUAUGGUAACAGCUUGAACUGUGUGUGGAAAAUCAUAGUGACUGAGGGAUCAGGUAUUCAGAUCCAAGUCAUCAGCUUUGCCACUGAACAUAAUUGGGACUCUCUUGAAAUAUAUGAUGGUGGAGAUAUGACAGCACCACGUCUUGGGAGUUUUUCAGGUACAACUGUGCCAGCAUUGUUAAAUAGCACUUCCAAUCAGCUUUAUCUACAUUUUCACUCUGAUAUUAGUGUGGCCGCAGCUGGUUUCCACCUGGAAUACAAAACUGUAGGCCUUGCUGCCUGUCCAGAACCAGUAAUUCCUAGCAAUGGGAUCAAAUCGGGAGAUAGAUAUAUGGUCAAUGAUGUUUUGUCAUUUCAAUGUGAACCAGGAUAUACAUUACAGGGCCGUUCUCAUAUCUCUUGUAUGCCAGGAACAGUUCGACGCUGGAACUAUCCAUCUCCUCUCUGCAUUGCUAAAUGUGGUGGAACUCUGACAAACAUGGGUGGUGUGAUCCUAAGCCCAGGUUUUCCUGGAAAUUACCCUAGUAACUUGGAUUGUACAUGGAAAAUUUUAUUGCCUAUUGGAUAUGGUGCACAUAUUCAAUUUCUAAAUUUUUCUACUGAAGCAAAUCAUGAUUUUCUUGAAAUUCAGAAUGGGCCUUACCACACCAGCUCUAUGAUUGGCCAAUUUAGUGGAAUGGAACUCCCAUCACCUUUACUAAGUACUACUCAUGAAACACUUGUCCAUUUUUACAGUGAUCACUCAGAAAACAGGCAAGGAUUUAAGUUGACAUACCAAGCUUACGAGUUACAGAACUGCCCAGAUCCUCCUCCUUUUUUGAAUGGAUAUAUAGUCAACUCUGAUUACAGUGUAGGUCAGUCAGUGUCAUUUGAAUGCUAUCCUGGAUAUGUUUUGAGGGGGCAGCCUGUUCUCACAUGCCAACAUGGGAUCAACAGAAAUUGGAACUAUCGUUUCCCCAGAUGUGAAGCUCCUUGUGGCUAUAAUGUGUCUGCUCAGAAUGGUACAGUUUAUUCCCCAGGAUUCCCAGAUGAAUACCCUAAUUCCAAGGACUGCACUUGGUUGAUUGUUGUCCCUCCAGGCCAUGGGAUUUAUAUAAAUUUUACUUUACUCCAAACUGAACCUGUGAAUGACUACAUUGCUGUUUGGGAUGGUCCUGACCAUAACUCACCUCAGCUCGGAGUGUUCAGUGGGAACACAGCUCUGGAAACAGCUUACAGUUCUACCAAUCAAGUCCUCCUCAAAUUUCACAGUGAUUUUUCGACGGGAGGAUUCUUUGUUCUCAAUUUUCAUGCAUAUCAGCUGAAGAAGUGCCAGCCUCCACCAAUAGUUCCUCAUGCUGAUUUGUUUACAGAAGAUGGUGACUAUGGAAUAGGAGAUUUUGUCAAGUACAAAUGUCAUCCUGGUUUUACUCUUGUUGGACAAGAUAUAUUAACCUGCAAACUGAAUACACAAUUGCAGUUUGAAGGAUCUUCUCCAAUUUGUGAAGCACAAUGUCCAGCAAAUGAAAUCCGUACAGAAUCAUCUGGAGUAAUCCUCAGUCCAGGUUACCCAGGAACAUAUCCUAACUCUCAGACCUGUUCUUGGACUAUAAAGGUUGAUCCAGGAUAUAACAUCUCCAUAUUUGUAGAAAUGUUUCAAAGUGAAAAGCAGUUUGAUGAGCUGGAGGUAUUUGAUGGUUCUUCUGGGCAAAGCCCUUUACUGGUUGCUUUAAGUGGAAAUCAUACUGGACAACUGAACUUUACAAGCAAAAUGAAUCAGCUGUACCUUCGCUGGUCAACUGAUCAUGCAACCAGCAAGAAAGGAUUCAAGAUCCGUUACUCAGCUCCCUAUUGCAGCCUAAACCCUACCUUGAGGAAUGGUGGAAUUGUAAAUAAAACAGGUGGUCCUGCUGGCAGUAAAGUUCAUUAUUACUGCAAACCUGGAUAUAGAAUGAUUGGUCAGAAUAAUGCAACAUGUAGACGUCACCAAAAUGGCAUGUAUCAGUGGGAUUCUCCUGUACCAAUCUGCCAAGCUGUAUCUUGUGGUAUUCCUGAUUCUCCUGGGAAUGGUUCAGUUAUAGGUAAUGAAUUCACUUUGGGCAGUAGAUUGAUAUAUGAAUGUAAUGAGGGCUUCAAGCUAGAAUCUAGUCAACAAGCAACAGCAGUGUGUCAAGAAGAUGGAUUAUGGAGCAACAAAGGGAGGCCACCUGUCUGCAAAUCUGUGACUUGCCCCAACAUAGAGACUCUGCUUUCAGAACAUGUUGUCUGGAGACUGAUUUCUGGGUCACUGAAUGAGUACGGAGCUCAAGUGAUGCUCAGCUGCAGUCCUGGCUAUUAUUUAUUGGGUCAAAGACUCAUACAGUGCAGGACUAAUGGAACCUGGAGUGUAGGCAAUGAAAAGCCAAUCUGUAAGGUUAUCUCCUGUGGUGGUCUUCUAUCUCCACCAAAUGGAAAUAAGAUUGGAACCUUAACAGUAUAUGGAGCCACUGCAAUUUUCACUUGUAACACAGGAUACACGUUAGUUGGUUCUCACGUGAGAGAAUGCUUGGCAAAUGGUCUUUGGAGUGGUGCUGAAACCCAGUGUCUAGCUGGUCACUGUGGUUCUCCAGAUCCAAUUGUAAAUGGUCAUAUUAGUGGAGAUGGCUUCAGUUAUCGUGAUACUGUAGUCUAUCAGUGUAAUCCUGGCUUUCGACUUGUUGGUACAUCUGUCAGAAUUUGUCUACAGGAUCACAGAUGGUCUGGACAAACUCCUGUUUGUGUCCCAAUCACGUGUGGACAUCCUGGGAAUCCUUCUCAUGGAAUGACUAAUGGCAGUGAGUUUAAUUUGAAUGAUGUUGUAAACUUUACUUGCAACACUGGGUACUUACUUCAGGGUGCUUCCCGAGCACAGUGCCGAAGCAAUGGGCAGUGGAGUAGCCCUUUACCAAAUUGCCGAGUGGUGAACUGUUCUGAUCCUGGUUUUGUUGAAAAUGCUAUUCGUCAUGGCCAACAGAAUUAUCCUGAAAGUUUCAAAUAUGGGACAAGUGUGGCAUACCAUUGCAAGAAGGGCUUUUAUCUGUUGGGCUCAUCUGCUUUGACCUGUAAAUCUAAUGGCUUAUGGGAUAGAUCACUGCCAAAGUGUUUGUCCAUUUCUUGUGGACAUCCUGGGGUACCUGCCAAUGCAGUUCUUUCUGGAGACAAAUUUACUUAUGGCUCCAUAAUUCACUAUUCUUGCAUAGCGGGCCGAAGGCUCAUAGGAAACUCUACAAGGGAGUGCCAAGAAGAUAGCCACUGGAGUGGGACUCUCCCUCACUGUUCAGGAAACAACCCUGGCUACUGUGAUGACCCAGGAAUACCAGCCCAUGGCUCUAGACUAGGAGAUGAGUUCAAAAUAAAAAGUUUGCUUCGUUUCUCCUGUGAAAUGGGUUAUCAGCUGAGAGGAUCUUCAGAACGAACAUGCCUGCUUAAUGGAUCUUGGUCAGGUAUACAGCCUGUGUGUGAAGCUGUAUCUUGUGGAAACCCUGGCACUCCAGCCAAUGGUAUGAUAAUAUACAGUGAUGGAAUAUUAUUCUCCAGCUCAGUUAUUUAUGCCUGUUGGGAAGGUUACAAAACUUCGGGACUAACUACUCGACAUUGUACUGCUAAUGGGACGUGGACUGGCACUGCUCCAGACUGCACAGUGAUCAGCUGUGGAGAUCCAGGUGCAGUAGCAAAUGGCAUUCAGUUUGGAAAUGAUUUCACCUUUAAUAAGACAGUCAGCUAUCAGUGCAAUCCAGGAUAUGUGAUGGAACCUGCCAAUUCGUCUACUAUGCGUUGUAUAAAAGACAGCACUUGGAACCAGAGUAAACCAAUUUGCAAAGCUAUCACCUGUGGCCCCCCUCCACCAGUACUCUAUGGAAAAGUGGAAGGAUCUGAUUAUCGCUGGGGUGCUAGUGUGAGUUACAGCUGUGCAGAAGGAUAUCAGCUAUCUAACACAGCUAUUCUUUCCUGUGAGGGUAGAGGAAUAUGGCGGGGAGACAUCCCACAAUGUUUACCGGUGUUUUGUGGUGACCCUGGUACUCCAGCAGAAGGACGCUUGAAUGGAAAAAGCUUCACCUACAGAUCUGAAGUUAGCUUUCAGUGUAGACCUCCUUUUAUUCUGAUAGGCUCUUCAAGAAGAUUUUGCCAAGCAGAUGGUACUUGGAGUGGAAUACAACCAACAUGCAUUGAUCCAGCUCACAAUACAUGUACAGACCCUGGCACUCCGCAUUUUGGAAUACAAAACAGCUCCAGAGGUUAUGAGGUUGGAAGUACAGUCUUUUUCAGAUGUAGAAAAGGUUAUCAUAUUCAGGGAUCUACAACCCGUUCUUGUCUUGCUAACUUAACUUGGAGUGGCAUACAGUCUGAAUGUAUUCCUCAUGCAUGCAGGCAGCCAGAGACACCGGCACAUGUAGAUGUGAAAGCAAUAGAUCUUCCUACUUUAGGGUAUACUUUGGUGUAUACCUGUCAGCCAGGAUUUUUUCUUGCUGGUGGAUCAGAGCAUCGGACAUGUAAGCCAGAUAUGAAAUGGACAGGAAAAUCACCUAUUUGUAAAAGUAAAGGAGUGAGAGAAGUUAAUGAAACAAUAACUAAAACUCCAGUUCCUUCAGAUGUGUUUUUUGUAAAUUCACUGUGGAAAGGAUUUUAUGAAUAUCUAGGAAAAAGACAGCCUGCUACUCUUACUGUUGAUUGGUUCAACACUACAAGCAGCAAAGUGAAUGCCACAUUCACUGAAGCAUCCAGUUUACAACUCAAACUAUCAGGUGUUUACAAGAAGGAAGAAGCCCAUUUGCUACUGAAAAUUUUUCAGAUCAAAGGAUCUAACGACAUUUUCCUAAACAAGUUUGAAAAUGACAACUGGGCGCUAGAUGGUUAUGUGUCAUCAGGGCUUGAAAGAGGUGUUUUUACUUAUCAAGGUGACAUACAUGGAAAAGACUUUGGAAAAUUUAUGCUCCAAAGACAAGGUCCUUUGAGUGCAGACACAGACCUUUCAAAUCAUUACUAUGGUACAAACAGCAGUUCUGUUGCAGCUGCCAUCCUGGUACCUUUCUUUGCUCUAAUAUUAUCAGGGUUUGCAUUUUACCUCUACAAACACAGAACAAGACCAAAAGUACAGUACAAUGGGUAUGCUGGACAUGAAAACAGCAAUGGACAAGCUUCAUUUGAAAAUCCUAUGUAUGACACAAACUUAAAACCCACAGAGGCAAAGGCUGUGAGGUUUGAUACGACUCUGAACACAGUUUGUACAGUGGUAUAGCCUUCAGUGCCCAAUAUGACUGAUUCAUAGCCAUACCUCUGAUGGACAAGCAGUAAUUCCUUUGGUGCCAUAUACCAGUUUCCCUUCUUCUCUUGGCUUUGCUGCUGUAAUCUUUAACAUCUUCUGUGAGCCUACAUGCAGCUAAAUUUUCUGGUAAAAAUGUGUCAGUCUUCUGGGGAUCAGACAAGGAAUAUUUUUUCACCUUAAGUUGGAUUAAAAUGCCUGGCUGCGUCUGCUUCAACUCAAGGCACACUUUAAGGAAGACUGCCGAGUCACAUCAAUUAGUCAUAUUUAAUGCCUCAGACUUUCAUAUCUGUAUGUGGCUGGAUGCCUUUCAAUGCAUUCUUCUGGGCACCUGGAUAAAUCCUUUGAGUACUGUGACAAAUGAUAGCACCACAGAUUUUCCCCCAAAACAGGAAUAUUCUGAAGAAAUAAAGCUCUCUUGAAGGAGAACACAACCUUCCUUGAGGUUGCAUACACCUGCAAAUGCUUUACCAUUGAAAUCUUGCUAAAAGAAACUUACAGUGUAUCUCAUACAUAGGGCAGUUUGCCAAUUUCCCAAUCAGCCGUUAUAUUGCAAAAUGUUAAUGCACAAUUUUUUUGCACUAGAGCGUUAUGGAUGACUGAUAAAGAUACUGGUACAAAUAUACAGGGUUUCUACUGUUCAUUGUAUAUAGACAUUCACUCAC